AUGCAAUCUCAAGCAGAUGGCGAGUUUAAGUUCAUUAUGGUAUAUCAAGAUCACCCGACAAAAUUUUUACAGCUUAGAGCACUAGAAACCAAGCGUGCCGAAGAAGUUGCUUACCACUUGUUAGAUGUGUUCACAAUAUUUGGAGCUCCUUGUAUAUUACAUACUGAUAAUGGGCGAGAAUUCGCAAAUAAGGUAAUUGAAGAGUUGUGUCACAUGUGGAAUGAACCAAAAAUUGUGCACGGAAAGCCGCGGCACAGUCAAUCACAAGGUUCUAUUGAAAGAGCUAACCAGGAUAUUGAGAAGAUGUUAUCUACAUUGUUGGAGACAAACAAAACUACAAAAUGGUCGGAAGGAUUAAAAUUUAUACAGUUCAUGAAGAACAAAGUCCAUCACUCCGGAAUAAACCAAAGUCCUUAUGAAGCUAUGUUUGGUAGUAAAGCUAAAGUGGGUUUGAAAAUAUUCUUGCCAGCUUUUGAUACAUUGUCAAAAAUAACACGUGAAGAAGAACCUGAGUCAAUUUUAAAACAGCAAUAUGAUAAUCAUCCUGAACAUCAAAGUGAAGAUGUUGCUACUGACUCAGAGCGAUGUAGCAAUGAAAGUAGUGACCGUACAUUCAGAGAUUUGCAGGUCUCACAAUCUGCUGAAAUUGAAUCUGUAGCUUUAAAUAAACAAAAUUCUCUCAUUGCAAGCCAAAGUAAAGACCCACAAUUUGUUGGUAAUACGACAACCAAUACAGUUUCACAAAAAAUUCUGGAAGCUCGAAAUUUCGCUAAACAGUCCUUAGAGAAGCAAGCUGACAAAAUGUUGAAACGUUCUAAUGCAAAAUUUCCAGUUGCCGAAAUAGGCCAAAGCGUUAGAAUUAAAGUACCAGAAAUUGAUCGAGCCAAAGCAGAUAGCCGAAAUAUAAUAGCUGUUAUUAUUUCUGUUGAAAAGGAUAGUUUUUAUAAGCUAGGUACAAAAUACGAUACUUUAAAUCAAUUGUAUUCAAGGAAUGAAUUUACUAUCUGUAAAGAAAAAUUUAUUUCGAUUAACGAAGUACUAGAAACUGACAUUACUCUUAGAGAGUGUGCUCGUAAGGGCUCAAAUUUGGGUGGACAAGGUUUCCAACAUUGCAAUUGCACUGCUGAAUGCAAUUCGAAUCGAUGCAAAUGCAAAAAAUUACAUAUUCUUUGUAAUUCAAAAUGUCAUAAAACUCGAUCGUGCAAUAAUAAAUAA